AAGAAGGUGAUGAAUCUAAAAUGCCUGUUCAGCAAUCUUCAGAGGUCUCUAAUAGAUUGCGAGUAGUUUCUACUGGAAAAUCUGUGGUUAGCACAAAGCAAGAUAAAGAUGGUGGUUUGAAUUUUGGGAUCAAAAGCCUUGAGGAGAUCAAAUCAAAGAAAAUGAAAGAAAAAUCAACGCAGCAAGCUGAAAACACAGCAGGAGCAAGUGGUUGUUGCAUCUGCUCGGGAAGAAAUGGGAGAAGCAAAAGCCCUCGUGACAGCAAAUCCUGCAUCUCCUGUGAAAAUAGGGAAAAACCGUCUACUUAGAAAGAGAAAACUGAUGGGAUCCGAGCAAAGAGGUUGCGAUUAGAAUGAAGUGUUUUAUCCCAAUCUGUGGAACAAAGAGUUAAAGGUAAAUUAUUUAAAUUUAGUGUGCAGUUAAGCAGUCAUUUUGUCCUGUCAGGGGAGCAGGCACUGAGUUGUGCCCC